AUGACUCUUCCCCGAGUCGUUAAACCUCUUCAAUCUUCUUCUGUGCCUGGUCUUUUAACAGUUGAUUUGCUUCUAGCUAAGUUUUCGAAGCAGUACUCUAUAGGAGAUUGGAAACCUUCCUCCUCCCUCUUCUCUCCAGCGCAGCUUCGCUAUCAGACUCCCACCGCAGCGCACCCACCCCACUGCCCGCCCCCGCCCCCGCCCGCGGGCCUCCCAAGGCCUCCACCACCGUCCCGGAGUCUCUCUUCCCGCCUCAAACUUCCCGCAGACCCGCCCCGCGCCCUCCCAGGCUCGCCCCGGCCGCCGCCCCCUCCCCCUCCCCGCCGCUCCCCACGUGCAGGGAGCCCGGGUCGCGGUGGGACCGACGCACCAGCCAUAAGCUCGCUCCUUGAGCCUCGCAGCUCUCCGCCCGCGACCCCGCCAACCCCAUGCCAAGGAGGCCCGAGAUCGACCAGCUGCCUGCCAGUCCACCGCGAGGAUGCGCUCCGAGCCACCGGCCUGCGCUCGCCACUCACACGCCCCCUGCGCGCCGAGCCCGUCGGCCGCCAGCCCUCGCUGAGCCGCCCGGCCUUCGCCCGGCGUCCGGCCGCUGGGCCGCCGCCCGGGCACCGCGCCGCCUCCGCCCUCCGCCUGGCCGGUUCCCGUCCUCCUCGCCACAUCCUGACCCGCCCGCCGCCCCCUUUCUUACCGGCUGAUAUGCAGGAUUCGCGGGGCGGAGGGAAACGACCCGGAUCCUCGGUCUCCCCCGCGCCCGGGCCCGCGGUCUCUUCAGCCGAGUGA